AUGUCUCUGCAAGAAGAGGACAGCCUCCACCAUAUCGAGAAUUACAACGAAAGAGGAAAUACAGACAACACAAAAGAGGAUAACGACGUCAAAAAUAGCCAGACAAAUAAGAGGGCCAUCAAAAUGUCCACAGUUCUGCUAAAGGAAGUUUCGGUGAAACUACCAGAGGAAAAGGAUUGCAAAGUCACAGGGUUGUCAGCGUUCACAAACGAGAUUAGUACCCUGGUGGCAGAUGUGGAAAACAACAUGUUGAAGCUGUUUGACAAUAAAUAUGAGUUUAAAUGGAAAGUUCAUGUGUCUCGAGAUUGCAUGGGAGUCACAGUGGUGUCUGAGAAAUCCUUCGCCACCAUAGCGAGAAAAAAACUCCAGUAUUGGGGCAUAGAAACCAACGAAGAUGGAACCAUUGUUCUGAAGAUAGAGGAAGAAGUACAAUUAAAACACACGGGUUUUGCAGUUCACUCAAAUGGCAAAUACAUCGGGGUUCUCAUGAGUUCCGAUCAUCAAGUUCAGAUUUUCCACCUUUCGUGUGACAAGAUGCAAGCGAUUGACUUGAAAACUAUCGCAAACAGAGCCAUAACUCCUGGCUUUACGCUGCUAUUAGACUCGGAUCUUGACCGUUUCUACAUCUCAGACAGAGACUAUGAUAAAGGAACCAAACUUCUGAGCGUGUCUUUUACGGGUGAGGUGAUUUGGGAGUGUCCCGUGCCUGCGUCCGUCGGGGGAAUUGCUGAAUGUGACAAUCUGCUGUUUGUAGUUAGCAUCGGAUAUGCCAAGAUACACAUUAUUACAAAAGAUGGGAUGGACAUUGGAAAUUUGGUAACUGACGAAGGACAACUUCCUUUCCAUAUCUGUACUCAACCACUUGAAAAAACAUUGUUUGUGUCUUAUAACUUUACUGGAAGUGACAGAAAUAUUAUAAGAGUGUACAAUUUAGAGGAAAGUCUCUACUUGCAUAAAAAAUAUGAAGAGCUCAGUGGGAUGAUGGAACAAGGGGCCAUUCUUUAAUGGAUAAGAGCAGAUUGGAGCCAGACCAAUGUUAAAACCGUAUUUGAUGUUUAUCAAUAAUAGGACACAGUCAUUGCAUAUCUAAUGACAUCUACCCGCACUGACGUUGAGUGUGUAGCAUAUUCAAUGUAAGAGACAAAAGACAUUGAACUAUCUAUGGAUGGUUUUUAAAAGUGUGGGUUUUUUUUAAUACUGAAAUUGUCCGAUAACGUUUAUAUAAUGAAAUUAAGAAAUUUAUGUGAAUUACAUUUAUUCUUAAAAUGUUUACUGUCCUGAUGAAAGUAAUUUAAUAAGAUUCAUCUGGUCAUAUCGGAGUUCAUUGGGACUAUAUUAUAAAUAUGAAAUUGAUUUUUUUCAUUAUAAGUC